UAGGGGUGCGGGUCGACAGGCGUCGCACGCAAAUGACGUUGCAAAGAAGGCACGUUUGUACCACCACGUGAGGACAACAACACCAGUAGCCUCCUCUAAUAAGGUGACAUGGGGAAGAAUAAGCAAAAAGGGAAAAAACAGAAGAACGUCUUUCAAGUGGCAAACAAGCACUUGAAGAACAAGAACAAAGCAAAGCCUGUCACGACAACACUCAAACACAUCAAUGCUGUGAAAAAUGAGAAAGUGGAGAACCUCAAUCAGAUCUUCACAGAAGUCCAGAGGGACGUUAAGAGCGUUUCGAAAUCUGUCGCACCUGAACCGAAGAAACAAACACAGGUUGUCAGAGAGCCCCCGAAGGAAUCUGUAAAUGUUGACAGCGCCGCUCAACUCUUCUCUCAGCUAUAACGGACCAAGAGAGAAAGACUGUCAUAAACACUGAUGUACAGGCAGAGUGAUCCACUCCUCUGUGCUCAUGUUGGAUGUUUAAAGUCUCAGAGGAGCUGUCAGUUUACUUCCGAAACAUUUUGACGUUUCAUAGCAAAAUGAGGACUGCAGAUAAGUUGAAAAUUGCACUUAUUAUUGCGUGAUAGUAAAACCGUCUGUGUAAUUUAAGCUUUCAGUGCUCAGAAAUGUCAUCGAUCGACAGACUUGUCAUUUAUAAUACUGAGAUUGUGUCUCAGGAAUAUAGGAUAUUUUUUAUUUCUAUUGAUUAAUAUUCUUUUGUGUAGAGAUGUUUUGCUUUCCUUUAUUGCAGCAACUCUAAUUAUUUUCUUGCUGCUUAUUGAUGUCUUGGUUUGUUUAUAAAAUUUCAAUAUUGGAAAAAU